CACACAUAAAUUCGCCGUGGAGCGCCGCGGAGCUCAUUACGCGCCGCAGACCCUCCGGAGCAGCAGCCGGCCGCAGCCCCCCCGCCCCGGCCAGAGGAAAUGAAGAGGCGGUUACAUAAGAAGUACCUGGUCCUCAUCCUGGCAUACUCCGGGUUACUGCUGCUAAUCCCGUACGUGUUAGAUUACCGGGACAAAUCCGUGCAGCGCGCUCAACACCCGCAGCAACAGCCCCGGUGUCCAGACCUGGAGAACACCGUGGCGCAGCUGUGGGGUAACGGGGACCGGGGGAACGGCAGCGGCCACGCGGCGGCGGAGCACGCCGCCAACCGGAGCCGCUCGCGGAUCAACAUCUACCUGCACGCCACCUGGAGGACCGGCUCCUCGUUCCUGGGGGAGUUGUUCAACCAGCACCCCGACGUCUUCUACCUGUACGAGCCCAUGUGGCACAUCUGGCAGGCGCUGUACCCGGGGGACGCGGGCAGCCUGCAGGGCGCCGUGCGCGACAUGAUGGGCGCGCUGUACCGGUGCGACUUCUCGGUGCUGCGGCUGUACGCCGGCGCGCAGAACGUCACCACGGCCUUCAUCUUCGGCUGGAAGAUGAACAAAGUCAUCUGCUCCGAGCCGCUGUGCGCCGCGCACCGGCGGCACGAGGUGGGGCUGGUGAAGGAGGACCGGUGCGCCAAGUGCCCAAAGAGGGACAUCCGGGACCUGGAGCGCGAGUGCAAGAAGUACCCGGUGAUGGUGAUCAAGGGGGUGCGCGUGCUGGACCUGAGCACGCUGGUCCCCCUGAUGAGAGACCCGGCCAUCGACCUCCAGGUCGUGCAGCUGUUCAGGGACCCGCGGGCCGUGCACAACUCUCGGCUGAAGUCCAAGCAGGCCCUGGUGAAGGAGAGCAUCCAGGUGCUGCGCAGCAAGAAGCAGACGGACCGGUACAAGCGGCUCCUGGUGCCCAACAACCGGGUCAACCGGGCCGAGAGCUACGUGUCCGGCGCCAUGGAGCUCAUCUGUGACAACUGGCUGGGGGACUUGAUGCUGGUGGGCAGCGCGCCGCCCUGGCUGAGGAGGAGCUACCUGCGGCUCCGCUACGAGGACCUGGUGCUGCACCCCCAGGAGGAGCUGCAGGGCCUGCUCCGCUUCGCCAACCUGUCCUCCUCCCCGGCGCUGGAGGCGUUCGCCCUGAACAUGACGCGCGGCCAGGGCUACUCCUCGGACCGGCCGUUCCUCAUCUCCUCCCGGGACGCCAAGGAGGCCAUCUACGCCUGGAGGGAGCGGCUCAGCGUGGAGCAGAUCCACCAGGUGGAGGCCUACUGCAGCGAGGUCAUGAGGCAGCUGGGCUACAGGAGGAGCGGCGCCGACGCCGCCUCCUGAGGCGCCCAGCGGCCGUGUGACGAGGAGGAGCAGCAGGAAUGCGGCCGCUGAGGAGCUCUGGGAUGUUUUCCUUCGGCCGAGGAACUGGAGACGACCGAGAGGCCAGCAGCCAAUCACACGCAGAGGAACGUUAACGUGGGGGGGGGCUUAUUGGUCCCAUGUGUUAACACCAGCAGGACAUGAGGACUCAGACCUCCGGCCCGCUCUUAGUCGCACUAAUCCCUCCUCACGGGUCCUCUUGGGGGAACCGGACCACCAGGACCCGGGUCCAGGACCAGCACACCAGCGUGGGCCGUGUGGCGCUCUGAGGAGCUUCUGAGGAGCAGUUGUUCCCUCAGGAAUCCAGACAGCUGCAGCGCCCGGCGGCCAGAACACUCACAUGGGCGUGAAGGUCACGACGCGCGCACGCGCACACACACACACAGGAUGCUGCCAGCAUCACAUGUUCACCUCUAGAAGCUCUGUAACGCAUCUCAAAGAAAUAACGUUUACAACUAUUUAUACGGACCGUGUGUGUGUUAUAACUCAUAUUCACACACGUUGUAGAAUAUAACAUCUUAUUCCACAUACUCACGGCCUCCUGGAACAACAACAACAAGUGUGGCGCAUAGUUUAUUAACAUGCAGUCACAUGGUGGUGAACCAGGCAGCCAGUCACAGGCCUUCAACAGGUAGAGGUCAGAGGUCACGAGCUGGCCUCCAGACGAGUCAUGAAGGGAUCUUUUCUUUCUCUGCACUUAUGUUGGCAGGAACCAUGAGGAAAUAUAUAUUUAUAUUCGUUUAUUUAAAAAAAAAAGUGUUUCAGUUCAGUUUUCCGUGAGCCCGCUUGACCUCUGGAGGAGACCAGAGCCCCCCUCAGUGGACUCGAUCCGUGCUCCAGACCUCUGUCUGCAGCUAGAAUGUAAAUGAGCCUCCAGCUCACAGACCAGAUUCAUUUCCUCUUUGGAGCACCCCCCCCCCCAGUUACGCAAUCCUGCCUCUUCACACCUGUUGUGUAUUCAUUGUGUUCACUGGAGGACACACACGGCCACGCAUGCUGUGUGGUGGGUGUAUAAAAUAAAGGGGGAGGGGCUAAUUAUUCAUAUACUAUUUACAUUUAUGAGGAGCUGAAUGAAACCCGGAGGACCGAGAACCAUGAGGAACCACUUGAGUUCUUGUUUGGGGGGGGGGGGGGGGGGGCGGCUGUUAUUUAUUAAACAAUAAGCUCAUCGGCUUCCUGGCAGAGAUGAUGCGUCUGUGUGGGAAACAUGAAGCUACAGCUGCUUAGCAUAGCUAAGCACAAACACUUCUUUAGCAGGAAAAAUGCAUUAAAAGUGCUACUUUUGAAAUAAAUCAGUCACAAAGAACAGAAGAAGAUGAGGAAGAAGAAGACUUUAAAAGACGUGUGUGUAGUUUGAAACACUUUGGGGGUCUGUAAACCUCUGAAGACAAGAAUGUGACCAGGCUAGCCGUUUCCCUCCGUUUCAAGUCUUUGUGCUAAGCUACGCUAACGCCCUGGAACGAGAGCAACGUCUGUUGACACCUGAUGACGACAUGAAGGCAGUUAUCUUUGAUUUAAUAUGCAAAUGAGGCGUGAACGACUUUAAAGAAGAGCUUUCCAUGUUUGUAGGUUUCGGGCUGCAGGGAGGACUCGUUCUGGACUUAUUAAUUAAAAAAAACUAAUAAUAGAAAGAUGAA